AUGGCGUUACCGCGAAGGCACAGCAAGCAAUCGAGGUCUAACUCUGUACAUUUAAUUGAUGAAGCAGCCUCUGAUAAGAGAAAAUCUGUGCUCCUGCCCCAAAAUAUGCUAUCAAAAUCCAUCUCAGGUCUGACGUUUCGUAAACAUACGCAUGAUAAGGCAGAUUCGUUGAACUCGUCACUCAGAGAUGUUAGUGAACAACGAGUCAGCGAGGAUGAAGAGAGUGAUAUUGGCAGGUCCAGAUACAUGAUGAAAAGUAUUGUGGGGCUUUUAACAACUGCCAGUGUCUAUGCGGGCAUGCAAGAUGCACAGGAGGCAAGUAAAUUCGGUCAAGACCUUCCAGGAAGCCAACAAACCAAGUCUAAAGAUGAGAAAGGUGCUGAAGACGACGAUGAAAAGAAGAUUGAGUCAUUAGAGCCACCGCUGAAAACGGCCAAAGAAGGUGACAGGAAAAAUGAGGUGAAUACAGUAAAAGCGCAUUGUUUAGAGACAAGACAGCCCACUUUAUUUGACUUUUCUGUGGUAGCUAAUUCCCAGGUACCGCAGUUGUGUCAGGACAGUAGUAUUCCAAAACAUCAAGGGCAAAAUAUUCUAGUGAACAAACUUUUAAAGCACUUUAACCUUUAUCAUAGUGAUAGCGUUCUGAAAGAGUUCUCAGCUUGGAUUUUAAAGGAUGUAUUAUUGCAAGGCAAGGUGUUCUUGACUUCCCGUCACCUACUUUUUUUUGCAUAUCUUCCUAGGGUAUCUGGAACUGUGAAAAUUAACGGAAAUCUUACCAUUAAAACGAACUUAAGGGGCUCUACGAGGUACUGGUGUGUUUUGAAAGAUUAUACUCUAUCCGUGUAUAAUUCUCCGUCAGAAGUGUACUUCCCGGUAUUGACAAUUGACCUAAGAAAUGCGUUGAAUAUAAAGGUGGCAAAAAAAGGUCUGAAUGAGGAACUAAAGCACUUCAAGAUCACUACUUCUGAGAAAAGUUACACUUUCAUGGCAGAUUCGGAACAUUCUGCAAAGGCCUGGGCAAACGCUCUAAAAAAGCAAUUAUUCGCUGCCAAAAACUCCGAAAAUAAUUCUGUUAGUUUAAAAAUACCAUUGGCCAAUAUCGUUGAUUUGGAUGAUCAGCUAAUAAUGAAGCAGACAUUUACUUUGAGAAUAAAAGUGCUGGAAAGUCCUAGCACAUUUGCUGUUGAUGAUUUUUUUUUUGUAUUUUUAGAUGGCUCAGGCUCAAUCUUGAAAACUUCGGUGAUUAAGCAAAUUGCAGUUUUGGAAAGAGCUGGCGUACAAAACGUUUACAAUUCCGGGCAACUAAAUAAGAAAUCUGAAAGUAUAGAGGCACAAUCGAUUGAUGAGAGUGAGACACCCGCACUAUCAAGACAAGCUAAUUCAUAUGAUUUUUCGUUAGGGAAGACUUCCACCACCUCGUCUAAAAAAGACGAUCUUAUCAAAAAGAACAAGGGGAACAGGCCUUGGCGACGUGGACUUAAAAAACAUAAUGAUGAUACAAAGUCAAAAGAGAAAUCUCUAAAAGAUAAACCGUCUGAAGAAUUAUCAGAUGUGACAGAAAGUUCUUUACACAUUACUGAAGAAGAUGUGGAAAAAAAUGGUGAGAGUAAGGAGAAUGAAAGUGGAUCAAGAAAAGCGAGAAUUGCCGGUUGGACAGCCAAGCCUUUCAAGCACAUGGCUGAAAUGUGGAGCAGUAAUCCCAUUCAUUAUCGGAACAACAGAAUUAACUUCAGUGAUGAUGACCCUUAUUUGAUUGAUGACAACAGUAAUGUUCAAGCCAAUCAUCGAUUUCGUGAACACUUCAAAAUGGAAGGAAAUGAAUUACUCAUAGGUGCAUAUUUCACCUAUCUUACUAGGAACAUUCCACUCUAUGGUAAGUUAUAUGUUGCUGAAGGCUUUCUUUGUUUCAGAACUCUUGUACCUCGUAUACAUACAAAAAUGAUAUUACCUCUGACAGACAUAGAAACAUGCUACAAAGAAAAAGGUUUCAGAUUUGGCUAUUUUGGACUAGUUAUAGUAAUAAGAGGACAUGAAGAAUUGUUUUUCGAGUUCAGCACAGAAGUAUCUAGAGGUGAUCUCGAGUUCAUACUUCUGAAGCGCCUUGAUUCAAUGAAAUCGGAAAAGAAAAAUAUUCGAUCACCUACAACAUCUCUUGUCGAAACCGAUACUAAUAGAGCUAGGCUGAAGUUUUUUGAAGAUAAGAUCAAUUCUGAGGGUUUUGACGUUCCCAUUUUAAUUGAUGAGAAUCCGUUCUUUCAAACUAACAUUGUUCCCAAUAGAAGCUACAAAAUUGGCAUGCUUACGAUUGGUUCACGUGGUGAUGUGCAACCUUACGUGGCACUCGGAAAAGGUCUUUUAAAAGAAGGCCAUCAAGUUACCAUCAUCACACAUGGUGAGUUCAGGGAAUUUGUGGAACGACAUGGUAUCCGUUUUGAAGAGAUCGCCGGUAACCCUGCAGAAUUAAUGUCACUCAUGGUUGAACAUGAAUCGAUGAAUGUUAGUCUUUUGCGAGAUGCGUCUAGUCAUUUCAGGGAGUGGAUAACAGAGCUACUUAACUCUUCAUGGAAAGUUUGUUCUCAAUUGGGUCUAGAUCUAUUGAUUGAAUCUCCAUCUGCAAUGGCUGGCAUCCACAUAGCAGAGGCCUUGGAAAUUCCUUAUUUUAGAGCGUUCACAAUGCCUUGGACAAGAACAAGAGCGUAUCCCCAUGCUUUUAUUGUUCCUGAUCAGAAAAGAGGCGGCAACUACAACUAUUUGACACACGUACUUUUUGAAAAUAUUUUUUGGAAAGGGAUAAGUGGGCAAGUCAAUAAAUGGAGAAUUGAGUCACUAGGUCUACAGAGAACAAAUUUGGACUUAUUGCAGCAAGGCAAAGUCCCAUUCUUUUAUAAUGUUUCUCCAACAAUUUUUCCUCCCUCAGUUGAUUUCAGUGAGUGGAUUAAAGUGACGGGAUAUUGGUUUUUAGACGAGAAAAUAGACUAUAACCCACCAGAAGAAUUGGUGGAUUUUAUUGCAAAAGCGAGAUCUUUGGGUCGCAAACUUGUCUAUAUAGGGUUCGGUUCUAUCGUUGUGUCCAAUGCAAAAGAAAUGACGCAGGCCAUUUCAGAUGCUGCUGUUGAAGCAGGCGUUUAUUGCGUAUUGAAUAAGGGCUGGUCUGAACGAUUGAAUGAUAAGAAUGCCAAUGAAAUCGAAGUUGAGCUACCCGAAUGUAUAUAUAACGCGGGAAAUGUUCCACAUGACUGGCUUUUCCCCCAGAUGGAUGCGGCAGUUCACCAUGGAGGCUCGGGAACCACUGGUGCGUCUUUGCGGGCUGGUCUACCUACAGUAAUAAAGCCGUUUUUUGGCGAUCAAUUUUUUUAUGCUCUCAGAGUGGAAGAUAUCGGCGCUGGUUUAGCCUUAAAACACUUAAAUAGUAGCAGUCUCUCUACUGCUUUAAAGGAAGUGACUACCAAUAAGAGAAUGCGGGAUAGAGCAUCUUUGAUUAAAGAACAAAUCUCAAAUGAAAAUGGUGUUAAAACGGCAAUAAAUUGCUUGUAUGGUGAGCUUGUUUAUGCAAAAAGCUUGGUUUUAUCGAAACGGAAGAAGUUUCACGAUGCUGAUCACAGUUGUCCUGGGAAACCAGCAUCAAAGGUAGAGCACCCUCAAAUAGACGAAGCGUGGACUUUACUGUAA